AUGACUUUCUUGGAGGUGGUUUCAGCUCUAAGCUUCAUCUCCUUGGUCUACGGUGAUGGUUUAGUCUGCUACGGGACGGUUUGUUCAUUUCUAUGAACAUUAGAGGAGUCAACCGCUUUAAAAGUUUGAAAACUGCUUGUUAAAAAAUUUUCUCUACCCUUUACUUGAUUUUCCGCAGUGGUCAGUCGGCAGAAAGAUACAAGUAGACUAUCGGGUAGCUUUUUUAAAGUCAAUCCGGGUAUACUAUUCGGUAGAUGUUCAUUAGCUACCGGGCCCUAUCUCUAUGGUACAUAGGUAUUACCGUGUGGGUACCUGUAAUUUGCAAUUGCUACUGGCUGCUGCAUCGGUGGUUCAUAUAACACCAGUGUUUUUGUAAACCGUUCCAAGAACAUCUUAAUAGACUACUUUGAAAAAAAAAAACUUUUCGCGAAGCAUGGUCAGACUAUCCGAUAGCGAUCGAAAAUGUCAGAUACCUACACGGUAGUAGCCAGGUACCAUGGAGAUAGUACCCGGUAGCUAAUAAACGACCACCGAUUAGCCUACGCAGUUAGUGGCUACCAGGUAGCUAACUGUAUCCUCCUGGCGAUUGGCCUUUGAACAUGUUUUGGCGCAGCUUUCAAUAAUAAAUUAGAAAGACAUUUUAUUAAUGAUUUCAAUGAUUGGGGGAUACUUUUUAAAGAUUACAGCAUAAUUUUCUCAAUGCAAAAGUAAGAUGAAAGCUAACUCCAAUAGAAUAAUACGAAAUCGAAGAAAACCAACCUCUACAUAUACCAAAACAAUUCGAAUAAGAAGUCAACUAAACAACUUCCUGAAGUGCUGACUAUUUAAAAAUUCAAUCUAAAUUCCGCAAUGAAAGAAUUAUUUUCACUUUUUUUAAGCUCGGAAAGGGAGAUACGUAUACAAAAAAUUACAAAAAGAUACGCUUACAAAAAACGUAUUUAUCCAUUUCUAAAUGAAAAAUGGGCAGGCUUUACGCGUUGAAUUUGUUUCAAGCUUAUGCAUAUUGAUGAGAAAAAAUGCCAAAAGUGGAAAUAUGAAAAAAAAGAGACAAAAAAUAAUAUUUGUUGAUAUUCAGGAACGUGCGCUGGGACGCGAAUAUGCUUCACUUGAGCGUAUCUUCAAAUCGGAGACACCAUCACGAUCUACGGAUAUCCUGAUCCAGCUUACGAUCGGUCAGUUAAAGAAAAUCAUUCUAGAAAAUAAAAAGUAUCUUUGCAGCUUGGCCGUCGAUUUAUGCCAAGGCGACUGCCCAGUUCCCAAAAAUCCUCUAUCUGUUCACAUAA